CCUUGCGAUAAAAGAACCAUUUCAGCUUUGUUUUGUUCCAAAUCACACACCUCGUACUCUGACCUAACAUCGGUUUCUUGCUUUGUCGGAAAAUCUGAGUUGAGUACAAUAAAUACCCUUGAGGUAUCUGAAAUCUCUCUUGAACAUUUGGGGGAAUUCGUAUUAGAUUUAUGAAAAGGAUAUGAUGAGUUGUUACAUUCCAAUCACAACAUGUUCUAGGAAUGCUAUCUAUCUCAAGAGGCAAUUAGUGGCUCAAGGAUCAUACAAUUUCCGCAUUUACAGUCUGUUCUCGGGGAUUUCGAAAAGAGAUUUUACUGGUUCUGGUGUAUCGGUCUCUAAUAGACUUUCUAGUUGGUCAGAUAAAGGACGUUGUGGCUCGCUAUUGAUUAAUCGAUCAACAGUUGGUCCUAAAAGAAAGCUUGAAGUUUCUUUCUUCAGCCCCAAAUCCAAUAUGAGAAAUCUGUAUUGGUAUUCAAGAUUUGCUUAUACAGGUGUGAUUGUUAGCUUGCUUGUUUGUUAUUCUUCAUCUUCCCAAUCAGCAUAUGCAGAAGCUUCAAGGGAUAAUAAUGCUAAAAGCAACCACAACAACAACAAAGUAUAUAACAACAAGUCUUCUGAUGGUAAAUUCUACAAUGGGAAAAGAGUAUACACAGAUUACACCAUCAUUGGUGUACCUGGGGAUGGUAGAUGUUUGUUUCGUUCAGUGGCUCAUGGGUUUUGCUUACGCUCCGGAAAAUUGGCUCCAAGCGAGAACAGACAGAGAGAACUCGCUGAUGAAUUACGUACUAGAGUUGCUGAUGAAUUUGUCAAUAGAAGACAGGAAACAGAAUGGUUUGUGGAAGGAGAUUUUGACACAUACGUCACACAAAUUAGGGAGCCACACGUGUGGGGAGGUGAACCUGAACUAUUUAUGGCUUCACACGUCCUCCAGAUGCCAAUCACGGUGUACAUGAAGGACGAGAAGGCUGGAGGAUUGAUAAGUAUCGCGGAGUACGGUCAAGAAUACGGUAAUGAAGAUCCGAUCCAAGUCCUAUACCAUGGUUUUGGUCAUUACGAUGCUCUUUUGAUACACGAGGGUAAAGCUCCAAAAUCCAAACUUUAGCAAUAUCCAAAGGAGCGUGGACAGUCCCUUCUUUAUGGACAAGAAUUACGAAAAAUACCCUCCGUUACAGUUGUUGUUGAGGACAGAUAGUGGGAUCUUCGUAAGCAUCUUUGUGUUGGUUACUUUUGUCAGGUGGUGAUGAUUUUUUUUUUAUUUUUCUGACACAACCACAAUCUAUAGGCAUGUCUUGUAGAAUGUUACCUUUUAUGUACUUUUUCACUUUUUAAUUCGAAUAAAAUUUCAAAUAUAUGCUCGUUUCAAAUCA